GGCGGAGGCGCAGGCCCGGGGUCCCGCGGCGCCCCUGCUGCCCAACGCGGCAGGGACCGGCAUUACCCAGGCUCGCCAGUCUAGGGGCUGUGGCAACUCCCGCCGCCCCUCUUACACCGCGCCCCUUCUCCACGAGCAUGUUUUCCAGGGCCCAGGUGAGGCGGGUUCUGCAGCGGGUGCCCGGGAAGCAGCGACUUGGCGUCUACAGGUUCCUGCCCUUCUUCUUUGUCCUGGGAGGAAUGAUGGAGUGGAUCAUGAUUAAAGUGCGCGUGGGCCAGGAGACCUUCUAUGAUGUCUACCGUAGAAAAGCCUCAGAGAGACAAUAUCAGAAAAGGCUGGAAGAUGCAUCAGAGACUGAACUUCAGCAGUCAAUAAAGUAACUAUUAAAUUUUACUACUGGUUUCAACUCCAUUAAGAAUGUACUUUACAGAUUUCUUGUUCUUAUACACAACUGCCUUUACAAAGAAUUUUUCAGUUUUUCUCUCUGCUUGAAUACUUCCCAAGUUAUUUGUGGACAGCACUUGAGUGAAAAUUAUUUCCUCCUAGAACACAUCUGCCCAAUGAAACUAGUCUGUGAAAUAUAGUUUAACAAAUUGAAGGAUCAAUCAGUUGCUUUUCAGUGCAGUUUCAAUUGUUUGUGAACUUCUUUGUUUUUAGGCCACAAAUGAUACCUGAUCCACUUUUUUGCAGAAUUCAGAUUUAAUGGUGACAUAAAAGAUCUUUACUACAAGACAAUUUAAAUCAGGAUAAUUAUGCUAAUUACACAUCUGCCAGCUACUAAGUUGUAAACAUUUUGUUAGGGUGGUGGGAGUUUCUGACUGACCACACAUUACUUACGUUAAGUGCUCUUGUGAACAAAAUUAACUCUUCCCUUGCCUGGCUCCAGUAACAUACAAGGGCUGGACCUCCAUGAGGACUAGGGGACAUCAGGCUUCAUACCGCUCUGUGAUGAUGUUGCUUUCAUCUUGCUGCUAAAGAUAAAAAUACUGCUCCUUCCAUAAGAAAGUGAACUUUACAGCGUACAGCAAUCAGCUAAAUCAGAGGCUCAGCUACUGGAGAGAUUUUACAAUUUGACCCAAAAUAACUUUGGGACACUUGGUAGAAAAAGAAAAGGCAUCUUUCCAUGUUUACAUUAACCAUAUCCAACAUCAUUUCAAACAAGAAGGUAUCUAUAUUAAAGAAGACUACACUUCAAAAUAGUUUCUAACUAUUGCUCACGAAUAAAGCAAAAGGUACUUAAGGCCACAAGUUAUCCUCAAGUUAAUGGUCUCUUCCUAAAAUUUUCUAGGAAUAUUUUUCUAAGUCCAUUUAUUUUAGAACCCUUACAGUCUAAAUAAAGACCUACUGAUGAGUAUUCACAUCUCAUUAAAGCAAACUCUACAGCCAUCACAGAGAGAUGACUUGAGUUUGAAGACCAGAGAUGGCUAACAGCACUUGUGUCACUUAAAAGAGUUCCUGGUAAACCUAACUUCACAGGCAAAAUUUUAGUGAUUAGAUGGCUACAGAAGAAACUAAAAUUGUAUGAGUCUCAAUUAUAUGGCCUUAUUCCAUGUUUUCCUUCAAGUUUUACAAAUACUUGAUACAGAAAAUAUGUAACACACCUUUUACAAAAAAUAGUAGUGAACACUAAAAAACCAUCAGGAAAUCUGUGUCUGCUGUGGGUUCCUUCCCUAGCCUACCUUGCUGCCUCCACUGAGGAGAAUCACUAUCCUAAAUUUUGUGUCAAUUCUUCCCGAGUUUUUUCCUUUUUGGUUAAAAAAAAAACAACAUUUGAAUCCUUAUUUAUUGAAGGGCAAUCUUUGAAGAUGAUGGGCCAAUGCCCGAUUUUAUGCAAGCAGAAUACCAAAGAGAUUGUAUUAAAAUGGAAGACACUUACAGAGCAUGUUAGUAUGGAUGACAGAGUAAGAAAUUCAUCUAAGGUGCAGGCUUUUAAACUUUGCUUCCACAAUCGCAGCCUCUGCAGCACAAGUUCCAUCCCCGGCCGGCUAGGAAACAAC